AUGAAUCACCGAGGCCGAGGCGCGCGUCGAGUCGCGGUGGUGCUCGAGCCUCUUGGAUUACUUUCAUUGUUCUGCCCUGACGCCGCCUCCGUGUACCAACACCUCAUCCUUCCCAACCAUGGCUACACCAAGCAAGUCCACUUCGUUGUUCUACGACCCAGGACCCACGCACACACUGACUCUACCUACCCCCUCCCUACCUCCCCAUCCACCCUGACCCACCGAACCCAGACGAACGAAUACUCUACGCGGGCAAGCAGGAUGCCGUCGACUUGUUACAAGCCGUCCUGGAAGGCGAGGAUGAGUUUGAUGUGAAUUACCAGGAUGGGCUGGGGAAUACGGGUGCGUAUUGGCUCUUGAGAUCGUGGGUGGAUGGGGGAAACGUGGAGAGAGUGGGGGUCGGCGGUGCUAAAGGCGCGGCGAUGCAGGAGGAGUGAGAUGAGAUGGCAGAGUUCGAGAUCGGAAUGGGGGAAGGACACCAAUGCCUCGAGUACUGACUCGUCCACGAACAUGUCCCCUCCCUGUUUUCCCUCCGCUCGGUCAACACACGAACGUGUCGUCAUCGCUCGUCGAAUCUGCGAAUCUUCGCGCGGGAUUCGCGGCCACAGCAUUACAUUACGCGUACGGUCAAAAGAUCCCUCUUUUCAUGAGAUCCUGCAACGGUCAAACUGAUUCUGGUCAUUCCGCUCCUUCUGAUCGCUUCUUAGCGCCUCGACACCUUCCCCCGAGGUGCUGGAAAUUUUGCUCGAAACUGAAGGUUCGUCGGAGGGUGUAAUUGGGAGCGGAUCGCGUGAUCCUCUGCUGAUGAGACCUCUUUAUCUUCAAUCAAAUCGAAUCGUCAACACCUUAAAUUCCUCGACCGACCUCUUGCCACGGAUUAGGCACCGACGUCGAUCUACAAAACCGUCUCGACAAAGCCACACCGCUCCACCUGGCCGCCCAACUCGAACACCCCGCAGCACGACAAGGCGUGAUGGAGAUGUUGUUGGAUGCGGGCGCGGAUCCAAAGUAAGUAUUGGCCCUUUCUUUAGACCACUUACCUUUUGGAAUGACUCAACUGAUCCCCGACCUUCCCCUUCGCAUUGGCUGAAUAGAAUCAAGGACAAACACGGCUCCCUCCCCGCCGACUAUCUCCACCCCGACGAAAGCGAAGAAGAUCGACAAAUCAUCGCCAUGAUCGACGAAAGUAUCGUCGAUGCGACGUUGAUCGAUGAUGCAGAUAUCGCAGAGGAUGAUGACGAAGAGGAAGGUGGGGGUUCCGAGUCGGAUUGA